GCCCCGCGGCCAGCCCAGAGCCGCCGGCGGGCGGGCGGCCAUGAAGUCCGUGCUCGUCACGGUGGGCACCACCAGCUUCGACGAGCUGAUCGCGACCGCCCGCUCCCCGCCGGCGCUGCAGGCGCUGCAGAGCCGCGGCUUCCAGAAGGUCGUGCUGCAGGUGGGGCGGGGAGCGUGGCAGCCGCCGGUGCCCGGAGGCGGCGCGGCCCUGCAGCUGGAGGCGUUCCGCUUCAAGGACUCGCUGGCAGAGGACCUGCGGAGCGCCGACCUGGUCAUCAGCCACGCAGGUGCAGGUAGCUGUCUGGAGACUCUAGAAAAAGGAAAACCACUAAUAGUAGUAAUAAACGACAAGCUGAUGAACAACCAUCAGCUUGAACUGGCCAAACAGCUCCAGAGAGAUGGGUAUGUCCUCUGCUGUAACUGCAGCACUCUUGUGGAGACGCUGCAGAUGAUGGACUUGUCAACUUUGAAACCUUUUCCUCCUGGACAGCCAGAAAAGUUUGCUUUGUUCUUGGAUAAAGUUGUUGGGUUUCAAUCGGCGGCCGCGCGCGGAGCGCCUCGCGCCGAGCUCGCGUCCGCCUCAGCCGGGAAGAUGCAGAAGGGCUGGAAGAAGUACUUCGGGCAGAAGUCCUUCAGCGAGGUGGCCAUGGACGAGUACCUGGGCAGCCUGGGACUCUACCGCAAGAUGACGGCCAAGGACGCCUCCUGCCUCUUCAGAGCCGUCUCGGAGCAAGUGGGCGACCGCCCGGGCUGGGGGGGGGUAGCCUGGGCGCCUCAGGCCGGGCGCCGCCGGGGCUGGGUUGGGGGUGCUCCCGGAGAGCCCCCGGGUGCCCAGACUCUGACGUUUUCCCCUUCGUUCCUUUGUAACCUUUGCUUCUCCCAGCUGUUUUCGUCUCAGAUUCAUCAUCUGGAAGUUAGGAAAGCUUGUGUCUCCUUCAUGAGGCGGCACCAGUCCAAGUUUGAGUCCUAUGUGGAAGGCUCGUUUGAGAAAUACCUAGAGCGACUAAGAGAUCCAAAGGAAAGUGCUGGCCAGCUGGAAAUAAGUGCUUUAUCAGUGAUGUACAAGCGAGACUUCAUUCUGUACCGGUACCCUGGAAAGCCACCCACAUAUGCUACAGACAAUGACUUUGAAGACAAGAUUUUACUGUGUUGUUCCGGCAAUGGCCAUUAUGACUCUGUGUAUACAAAACAAUUUCAGGAAAAUGCUGCUAUUUGCCAGGCUCUGUUAUAUGAGAUCCUGUACAAAGAUGUGUUUGGUAUGGAUGAGGAAGAAUUAAGGUCUGCAGUUGAGGUGUUUCGAAGUGGAUCCAAGAAGAACAGAAACAGUGGUCGUGUAGGAAGUGAGGAUGCAAACUUCGCUUGUCUCCAUGAGAAAGUGUCCAGAAACCCAUCAGAAAAGAGGGUGGAUGACUGGGAAGGCAAUGAUGCUGACAAUCCAGAGGAAGCUAAGUUCAAACAAGGCAUUGAAGAAGAAAAGCCUUCAGAAAUUCCUCCAAAGAUGCCUGUUCCUUAUAAAGUGCUAAAGGCCCUGGACUCUGCCAUCUAUCGAAAUGUGGAGUUUGAUGUUUGGCUGGACAGCAGAAAAGAGCUUCAAAAAGCUGACUACAUGGUGUUUGCUGGGAGACAGUACUUUUUAGGAGACAAGUGUCAGGUACGUCUGGAGCCAGGAGAGAGGUAUUACAAUGCUCACAUCCAGGAAGUUGGACAGGACAGCAACACAUUGACUGUCUUUGUUGAGGAGCUGGCAGAAAAACACACAGUUCCUCUGGCAAACUUAAAGCCAGUGACUCAGGUGGCUCCUGUCCUUGCCUGGAAUGGGGCUCACAACCGAAGAGGAGGAGCCUAUCAGAAAAUAACAGGUGGCCACUUCUCAGGAAUAGACAUGGGGAUGAAAACACGGAAGAGGAUGCUUAAGAAAGUUCGUGGCAAGGAAGUCUUCAUGACCGUGGCUUACAGCAGGAGCCAGCCCCUGCUGCCACCCCGGCUCCAGCACAGCGUUCCUUCGGGGCGCUCUCCUCCGGCUCACUGCUCCCAGGAUGCUGCAGACGUGGCACCUUACAAACCCUAUCACCAGCAGAGUCCUCAGAGGCAUCACCGUGGCUUUGGGAUGCUGAGGGGAUCUGCCCAGUUUAUAAACAGGCACAACGUAGUUGGCCCUCAAAUAGCAUUCUACCCCAGUCCAGGAAAGAGAUGUUACCAGAGCUAUGACAACUUCUCCUGCAGGUCCUGCUCGUACGGCCGGAGCCGCCGUCAGAUGCAGAGCGAGAACAAGGAGUGUCAGGAUGGGUUCAUAGCAGGGACUGCAGAGGAGCCUCAAGGGCCAGAGGAAACCAUAACUUUCUAUGAAAUUGAAGGAGACAAUGACCCUGCUUUUCCUACCUUGCCAAGCCAGAGUAGUCCUGCUCCCACUGUCCACAGUCCAGCAGGAUUUUGGGUAGCGAGGAGAAACCAGAACUCUGUUUCACCUAACAAGCAGACCCUGAAUUCCUCAGAGGAGGAGGAAGAAAUAAGUGAAAAUGGAAAAUUUCAUGAAGAAUAUAUCUAUGCACCUCCAGAUCCUGACUGUGAAACUGCAACGGUGUUUAGCUCAGCAGAACCUCCAGCAAACUUGGUGUUGGUGAACUCUGCAGGAGUUUCAGCCUCCACAGAUGUUUACACUGCUCCAGCAACAGGCCUCUCCUCAAAUUCUGCUGCCUCCACUCCAGCCAGUGUCACCACAGCAGCUCCCCCACAAACAGCAGUUCAACCUGUCAUAGUAUCUCCCUUUUCUGUGGGGAGGCCAGCAGUUUCUUCGGUGCCAUUCCCAACUUACCCAGCUCUUCUUCCUCCAGUGAGUGAGGUGGGAGAAGCUGGUGCUGUUCUUCCAGCUUACUCUUGUGAUCCCAGUGGCAGUGAUCUGCCUCGAGAUACAAAGGUCUUGCGGUAUUAUUUUAAUCUGGGAUUGCAAUAUUGCCAUCAGAGCUAUUGGCCUUCCAUGGUGUAUGUACAGCCAGUGCUGCCUCCAUCUCCAGUGGAAGUUUAUCCAGCAUAUGCUGAGCCAGCUCCUGUCUUGGAUCAGUCAGUACCUCAGGUCUUCCCUGAUCCACGGCCAACUGAGGUCCAGGUUCCCUUGGAAGCACCAGCAAACGGUAACUUCCAAAAUGCAGAGCCUGCACCCCUGUCCUACGGGCCGGUGUAUUACCCAGUUGUGUCAGACCCCUUCAGCCAGCAGGCCCUGCCUGGCUUUGACACGGUGGUGCCUGCCUAUCACUAUGUCAGUGCCUGGCACCCAGUGAACCCUGCCCAUGGAAACCCACCCCAAAUGGGCAGCGCUGUGAGCUCAGCACCACCCCACCAGAUCAGCUAUAUUGCCUCACCUGGCCCUGUACCUCACGACGUGCCUCAAGGAAUGUAAAUCGGGGAGCUGGAAACUCAAAUUCUUGCUUCCUCCUUUCUUGUUUGUCAGCUCCUGUUUAUAUAGUUCUGUAAAUGUUGUCCUGUCUUAAGGGGCUGAGGCAGUUGAUGGAGCUGCAUUUCAUAUUUCAUGUUUCUCUUUAGGUUUGUGCUGUUAGUUGACAAGGUGUUGUUUUAGUUGAUUAGGGAAGCGUAGGAAGAAGGAACACACAAACUGUAGUGCAGGGAACACAACCUGAAUGUGGCCACAUAAAGUAUGUGAAAAAAACAUGCUGUCACUGAAGGCAUGUACCUCUGAGAGGUUGCACUGAACACCUGGUUCUUGUUGAAGCACUGACAUAGGCUGCCACUACAACUACAGAUAAAAAAUGGGCAUAGAGUCACCAGAGGGUGAAAAUGUUUAAGUUGGCUUUCUCAGAUUUUGCAGAACAAAACUGCUUUGCCACUAGUGGUCACAUAUUUAUAAUAGCUGUAUUUCUUCUGUCUGCCUUCAUACUGCAUAGAGUUCAUCACUGGAAAUGCAAGAAUAAUGUUUUGAUCUGUAUAUUGUAUAUUUGUAAGAUUUGUUUUGUGAAAGCUGUUGCACAUAUGGUGAUAAUCUUUGGUGUUAAUUUGCACUGACAGCACAAAAUAAAAGCAUUGAACACGUGAAAA